AUGGCCCAUAAAAGUUUCUCGAGUAUUAUUGGUGACAACUUAGACUAUGAAGAUUUUGAUACAUCUUUAGAUCAAUAUCUUGAGAGGCAAAACAAUUCGGUAUUUAGCUCAGACAUGGAGAAGUAUUUGUCGAAUGUGAUUGAACCAAAAAUCGCACGUAUUAUUGGUGACAACUUAAACUACGAAGAUUUUGAUACAUCUCUAGAUCAAUAUCUUGAGGGACAAAACAAUUCGGUAUUUAGCUCAGACAUGGAGAAGUAUUUGUCAAAUGUGAUUGAACCAAAAAUCGCACGUAUUAUUGGUGACAACUUAGACUACGAAGAUUUUGAUAUAUCUCUAGAUCAAUAUCUUGAGGGGCAAAACAAUUCGGUAUUUAGCUCAGACAUGGAGAAGUAUUUGUCGAAUGUGAUUGAACCAAAAGUAUUCGACACCGGUGGAUGUAUAAUAGAUCCAUAUCAAAGCUCAUUAGCGCCGGAAAUUGUCCAAGCACUAAUCUACAAACAAAAUUGGUUGACUUAUAAACCACUCAGUUCUUGGGAAGUGGAGGAGCAUAUAAAAGACGUUGACAUCAAAGGAGAACUACGGGAAACCAAACCCAGGCAAUGUCACAAAAAAGCUCUCUACAAAGAACUUGAUCUUCAGGGUGUAUUUGCUGAGUAUGAGCGCAAGAGCUAUGAAAAUUUGAUAGCCUAUAUUGAAGCUCAUCCGAGCAAAGCAGUAUAG